GAUUCCAGUGGUUUCGGUACAUUUCAUUCCUCGACGCGGUUGUGGCACGCGUCUUUAAUCCACAUCUAUGUCAUGACCACAUCACCUCACUAAAUUACCCUCAGAGUUCUUUCGCAUCCUAAACCAAUAUAACAAGCGUUAUAAUCCUGUACAUUAUUGGUCUUGAUUAUGUUUGGCUGUUGCGUUGCAGGACGUCUUCUCCAGACGAAUUUACAGCAGAUUGACGAGACGCAUGCCCUCUUCGAACUUCCCGCUGCGAGCACGAUAAACCACAUAUGUGUAUUUCUCCUUGGAACAAUGUCUUUUCCUGACGGUUAUGGUGCAACAGUUCAUUUCUUUUGGCCGGGAAAGGGCUUUCAGCUGCUUGGAAUGCUCUCCAAUGAAAAGCCAUCUGCUAUAUUCCGUCUUCGCGGAACAUUCUCGUCGAGCUCCACAGCUGCCUCACACAACGCUUUCACGUCUUCGACCAUGAACAUGGCUCCCAAUGCAUCCAACGACGUUACAGCAAUACUUGGUCUCUCCAUCGAACCUCUCACCCAGAUACAGCCGCAGAUAUCUUCACUAUCCUCUUCAGUUACGAAUACCAUUCCAGACCUCAGUCGCAAUCCAUCGUUGUUGGCGGAGAGAAUAGUGAAGCACUUGUUCAACUUUAUAUCGGGUUUCGUACCUGGUGGUGGAAUUGCCACAACACCUGACAGUGUAGUACCGAUGGCUGUGAUAGUAAGAUGGUAUGAAUCCUUUACUACGAAAGUGAAGGCAGGAGGUGUAGGAUUCUUAGAGAGGGGAGAUUGAAAGUGUCUAUCAAAUCAAAAUCUAGGACAGACCAAUGGAUUGUAGGUUAGAAUGUCCGACCAAUACAUUGUACCACCGAUACAGCAUUAAAUGUAUCUGAGACACAGAGAU